AUGGGUUCCGCGCUCGACUUAUCGGAAGACAACACGGGUAUCAUGGGUAUUACUUUUGGCUACUCUAUGGAUAUGGCAUACCCUGCUGUGUUCGUAGACGAGAAGGGAUACCAUUGGGUGAUUAUAGAACGAGGAACGGAGCAGUCUCGAGAUACAACAAGAGAUAUCGAUGAAUUGCUCUAUCUAGUCUUUCAAUUCAUCGUACGGACUUUGGCGAGCAAGUAUGGAAUGACCAAUAGAGUUCCUGGACAAGAUCAAAGACGCCCGAUGUUUCACGAGCAAAUUCGCUUGAUGGGUCUGGUCAGUCCGACAUUCGCAGCAAGAACAAAGAAGGAAAUAGAUGAAACUCUGGCAAAGUAUCCAUACAGUGAUGAAACAUCUGUUGUAUGA